CAGGUAGGAAGUCAGUCGGUUGGAGAUGGGCUGAGAAUUCAGUACAGUGUUUUUACGGUCUUUCUCUGCCGGUAACUCAACAUUUUCCACAGUGAAGAAUUGGUGUAAUGUGCAGGCUCAGAAAUGCCUUAUGUGGAUCGGCAGAACCGUAUCUGUGGGUUCCUCGAUAUUGAGGAGAAUGAGAACAGCGGCAAGUUCCUGCGCAGGUACUUCAUACUGGACACGGAGGAAGGCAGCCUGGUCUGGUAUAUGGACAACCCACAGAACCUGCCCACUGGAACGCACCAUGUUGGAGCUCUCAAACUAACUUAUAUUUCUAAGGUCAGCGAUGCAACGAAGCAAAGACCAAAGGCAGAGUUCUGCUUUGUUAUUAAUGCAGGGAUGAGGAAAUUCUUCUUGCAAGCCAAUGAUCAGCAAGACCUGGUUGAGUGGGUUAAUGUGCUGAACAAUGCUACCAAAAUCACUGUGCCAAAAUCAUCUGAUGUGCAACAGAAUUCUGAAAACCAAAAAAGCCUGUUGGAUUGUCCAGGUGCCAAGAAGCAAAUCUCGUAUAAGACUGAAAUCAUUGGGGGUGUUCCCAUAAAAACCCCUACACAGCAGGAGGGAGCGGAGGGUUCAGAGGGGGCAGACAGAGGCGGGUUGAAGCGCUCCCCGAGCCAGCUGCCGUACUUCAUGGGCAAAGCUGCUCAGGACCAGACUGUGGUCAAGGCUGGUUACUGUGUCAAGCAAGGAGCUGUGAUGAAAAACUGGAAAAGAAGAUAUUUCCUAUUAGAUGAAAACUCAGUCAGUUACUUCAAAUCAGAGCUGGACAAGGAACCCCUCCGAAUAAUCCCUCUGAAGGAGGUGCACAAAGUGCAGGAGUGUAAACAGAGUGAUAUAAUGAUGAGAGACAAUCUAUUCGAACUAGUAACAACUUCAAGAACCUUUUUUGUACAGGCGGACAGCCCGGAGGACAUGCACAGCUGGAUCAAGGCAAUCUCAGGGGCCAUUGUCGCCCAGCGUGGCCCGGGCAGAUCAGCAGCUACUAUGCGGCAGGCCAGGCGGCUGUCAAAUCCUUGUAUACAGAGGUAUACAUCCCCAAAUGGUGAAUGCAGCACGUAUGAGCACGGCAACCAUUCCUCUUCAAACUCUUCCUUCUUCAUCCGCGACCAGGGCCCCCCAGUCCCUCGCUCGCCAAUCUCUGCGGCGGCAGCCCACCCCCCACCAUCUUUUCUGCAGUACGCCAUCCCUGCACCCCCAGACACUCUCCACAAACAGCCUGGCCUGGAAAAGCGAAGACUUCAUGAACCUCCUUCCGAGACCCUGCAUCCAGGGAAGCACUCGAUCCCGGCUUUCCCUGCAGGAGACCCAGCUUCCAAAGUGACUCCCUGCACGGCUCCCCUGGGGACACCGCAAACCCGUGGCAGCACUCAGCAAAUGCCCUCUGAGCACUUCAACCUGGGUGAUGAUAAUUUGCCCGUCAGUGACGUCUGACUUUGCAGCACGUAAUGGUGGUGGUGUUUGGGUGGGUAGUGGCUACAGGAAAUGUACUGCCAGUUGGAUUCAGUCCAGCCGUAGUUUUGUAAAUAUGUGGACCUGAAUAUGGGAAUUGAAAGGUAACCAGAGGAAGAGAGAAACUAAUUUGUAAAUUGUCAUGAAAAAAAAGUAAGAACUGCAGGAGAGUCCUGUUGGAGUCAUUGCAGAGCACGGCUGCUGCUUUUUAUUUAUUUGUUUAUAUAAUUCUGAAGGUGUAAUCUAAAGGGGUAACGGCUGUGUACCGUGACGCAGCCGAAAAGGGGCUUAAUAAGAUGCCCUCUGAGACGAAAGCUGACCAAAUCUUGCAUGUGGAGAAUCUCCUUGUGGGUCUGGUACCUCUGCUGGUAUUAAGGAGGCCCCUUAUCCUGUGAGUGGGUGCUACUCAGGGUUUCAUUUGGUUUGGGGGCUUUGGCAGUCACAGGGUUUCCAUGUAUUUGGAGGAAAAACUAAAAUUGGUGGUGCCAUCUAAAAAAAUGAUGGGGACACAUCGUUAAGGGGGACAUGUUGUACAAGUCCUUAUGGAAGAGUAAUUGAGAGAUGAAGUUAAUGUGAUACCCAAAAUGUGUAGGAUAUUUUUUGCUAGAUGAAUCUUUUUUUUUAUAUGAAAACCAAAAAUACAGUAUUGAACUUGUAAUAACCCCAAAGUUAUUUUGUGCUGCAAGCAUAGCGUUUUACCCAUAAGCCUCCCCUUGUUGCACUCCUAAGGAUCACUCUCAGUUUUGACCCAGUCAUCUAGACCAGUAGCUAAUGGAUUUCGAAUUUAGAAGUCAUUUAUUCUGCUGUGUGUCUUUUAAUAUAUUUGAUCUCAUUGUUUGCCGAAUGCCAAAUUUUAUAAUCACAUUUAGUAGUAAGACUAUUAACAGGGUAGAGCAAGAAGUAUUAACAUUGCUAGAGCCCUUCGAGUUACUUUGUGCUUCAGUCAUUGACACCUUUCCUGAUAGUAUGUUUGCUCUGUAUGAUUUAGCAGCAAAUUCAGCUUCUGCCCUGGCUGUUUCCACAGAACCUUAAUCUUUAAAUAAAUAUCCACCAAAUGCAGUUUUAUUUUGAAACAAGGAACAAAGCAACAUGUUU